AAGCUGAACAACAGUGGCUGCCUUCAUGCAGAAGUUGGCUGCCACGUAGUUGGCAUUCCCAUGUAUUUAUUUUUGUAACUUCAUUUUAUGGAAAGGUUUAAAUUAGCUUUUUGUACAUUUUUCUAGUUAGUUAGCUAUUUUCUUUCAAAAAUGUUUCUUUUUUCUGUGUGUUUGAUUUUUCCCUCACUAUUUGUUUUUGUAACCGGAGGAAAACUGCCUGAGCCAGAAGUGAAAAUUGAAGUUUUAUAUAAACCCUUCAUGUGUUACCGUAAGUCAAAAUAUGGAGACAUGCUUCUUGUCCACCACGAGGGAUACUUGGAGAGUAAUGGCACACUGUUCUUUUCCAGCCGGGAACAUGGGGAUACCAAUCCAGUGUGGUUCACUCUUGGGAUUCGAGAGGUGAUAAAGGGUUGGGAUAAGGGCCUGAAGGACAUGUGUGCAGGAGAGCGCAGAAAACUGACAGUCCCUUCAUCUCUGGCAUAUGGCAAGGAAGGAAAAGGCAAGAUUCCUCCAGGCAGUACACUCAUUUUUGACAUUGAGCUUAUGGAGAUUCGAAAUGGUCCCAGGUCACACGAUUCUUUCCGAGAGAUGGAUCUAAAUGAUGAUUGGAAGCUCUGCAGAGAAGAGGUGAGAGAGUACCUGAGGAAAGAAUUUGAAAAGCAUGGAUACUCCCCAAAUGAUACAAAUCAUGAAGUGAUGGUGGAUGACAUCUUCAAAAAUGAAGAUGAAGAUGAAGAUGGUUUUAUAUCUGCGAGGGAAUUCACUUACCAACACGAUGAGCUCUAAAGGACUGAUAUCAUCUAACUUACUGCCAAUGCUGUCUAUUGUUCCUUUGUAAUUGUUAUCAAAAACUUGGGCCGACAAUUUUGCCCUGUUACAGAAAACAGUGUUUGAUUCAUGAACAUCCUCAAAAAAAGUUUGUUUUUUUACACUCCAAUUUAACAGUAUUGUUUCACAUUUCAUGGAAACAGAAAUCCAUCAUUUAAUUUAUAUCUCCAUUCUGCACUGACAUCUCCACAUAAUGCAUUUAAGUUACAGUAUUGGAUUCAUUGUUAUUGUAAGGGAUUUGGAUUUGAUUAAAUAAACAGGUUUGAAUUAAA